GGUAAUGGCGUAAGAAGCCUGCUGAUUGGCUUAAUAGCCGGCAUCCCCGUAGUGUCAUCACCAACGGGAUCGUACAGGGAUGCAGCGGCCGCUACAGGUACUAAAUAUGCACAUCCGAUCUAACCUCAUCUUCAUCCACCAACUCAUGCACCAAGUUGACAGUACCUAUAAAAAGCCCCACUAGUCCCCUUGAGCCUCGAGCCUCGUUCGUGAUGGAUUGGAUCUCUCUUAUUAACAUCCUUCUCCUUUUCGAGAAGUAUUCUUUCUUAUAUAUUUCUUAGUUUGACUUCUCGGAGGGCCUGUUUUUCUUAUUCCUAAAAGUUCUUAGCAAAUAGGUGUUGUGUUGUCUUAGUCGCCGCAAUGAAUUCAGCUUCUCCUACUACUAGCACAUCCACCAAUAGAGGUGGUCGUCCUAAGGAUUGGACCGAACCCCGAGCCCGAAGACUCGUGCGACUAUAUAUCUAUACGAGGUUACCCUUUGAGCUUAUAUUAAAACUUCUAGAAGACGGCGUCUGGAAACCUGGCAAGGAUGCUGCCAAUAAAGUCAAGAACUCACUCCUCGGAAACGACCCUCGGUGGAUAAGACCCAAGGAUGAGGAUGAUGAAAGAAGACGUAUCACAGGUCUCAAGAACAGCCGGCGCGGGGCGAAGCUUCGCCAGAAGGCAUCAUCAUCGCACCUUACUAAUGAGCAUCUAAAUAUCUAUGGCUCUGUUUGGCAUGACGAUGACAGCCUAACUCUUGCUCAAUCGAACCAGCCCUCCUUUGAGAAUAUUAAACAAGAGCCAAGUCACCACGACUCCGAAGUUGGAGAUAUUCGUUUCUCUUGGACUCUCAGUGGCCGAAAUACAUCUCGCCGGGAUACCAAUCUAACCAAUUCUACCGAAACCAGCAUGAGCAAUAGCUUUCAGGAGAAGCUUUCCACCGUAUCCCGAGACCAAGCGAAGGGUGCUUGGUGUGUGUUGAAACGGUUUACCUUCCCUAAGGAUCUUGACAUGCACCGAGGAACUUCCUUUUCCCCUGUGUUUCCCCAUGGGCCGCCGAUUUUCCCUCCCCAUGAUGAACCAGCUACCCGUAGUUCGUCUAGUGCGAAAUACGCCCUCCCUGGCGACUUCCUAAAUGCGAACUUAUUUAAUAGAGAAAGCAUGUGCGAGGUUGGCUCACCGUCUCACGAGACCGAGACCUGCUGGUGCCGAAUCGUCAACGAGCUGAGAUCGCCUUAUGAGAUAUGGCCAAUCACUAAUGGUCAUCAUACUAUCCAAGACAUUUCUUCUAAUCAAAUCAGAGAUGCCUUUGGCAAUACAAUAUUCCAUUGGCUUGCUAGUUCAACUGGAGACCGGAAUUAUUUCCUCAAUAUCAUCGCUCAAGCACUUACCCAUAACCCCCUCGUUCAUGCCACGAACACAGCUGGACAGACGUUCCUUCAUCUUCUACAUCACUCUUGGUUCGAAGAUGAAGUAUUAUUGGAGUGGCUUCUUAAUAUGCUUAAGGACACCAAUUUUAACAUCUUGGCAACUGAUGUUUACGGUCGCAGCUUUUUCCACUUGCUACAAAAUAGGAGGCGGGACUUCAUUCGCGUACCGGAUCAUUUAUUUGAUACGGAAUUACUUAGGCGGCGGGAUGCAUUCGGAGUUAAGCCAAUGGACUCUCGGGUGAAACAAUCGGAGUCUCCUAUUGUACAAAACAUGCCCCGUGCCAAUCCCUUCAACACUAGAAGCUCAAACAAUGUGGACUUUCCACCAACCUAUCUCGAAAUUCCCUCUGGACGUGGAGAUGAUGCUCGAAUUCGGUCUCAAGCCGAGCUUCUACGAAUAGUAGUAGAUGCUAUUAAGGUCGAUGGUGUCAACUCAACGAGCCAGAACUCUUUCUCAGAAGAUUUGCACGGACGUAAUGCGCUCCAUGCUCUUGCAGAAGUCGAGCUUGACAUUGAGCGAGUCCAACAUCCCACCGACGACAACCAACGACACAAGAAAAGGAAGUACAAGGAGGAGGAGGGCGAGACGAGGCCGGAAAGUAGCCACAAUAGUAAGCGAUUAGAAUACCUCGAAGGAAUUCUAUCUACUAGUGUUGAUGUCAACCAUUAUGACAAUCGGGGGCAAACGCCAUUAAUGGCCUUUAUCGCGCUGAGGCCGGAAGACUCCAGAUCGGAUAAAGAAGAUAUGGAGAGAUCAAUCCGGAAGCUCGUCGAAGCCGGUGCAAAUCUUGAGAGGCGUAAUCGCGAGGGUAAAACUGCCCUUCACGUCGCUGCCUGCUCCGGGAAAAAGGUCGCCCUAAAGGAGCUUCUUCAAUUGGGAGCCAAUCCCUACGUUCGUGACGCAUGUGGUUUAAGUGUCCUCGCUGCGAUAGACGAACUAUGGGUCCAUACCGAAAGAGACGGGAUUAUUACAGCUCGACUAGAAGCAUGCCGAGGUGUUUUUACGAGCAUGGUUCAGCCGGAUGCCCAGGAGCCCAGUGUUGUACAGGAAUGGGGGGUAGGAAGACCAGCAACUAGAUCGUGACAGUAGCCAGCCGGCGAUUGCUAGCCUUGGUAAUGAGGUGUUGCUGUGAAGGUACGAGAGACGAUGUAUGAUCAGUUACAGCACAGCGUCGAUUCUAUGUCUGCAAAGGAGUUUUUCAGGUCUCGAUACCCUUGUAUAUUUUAACGGAGUUUGGUGGUCGGAGGUACGGUUCGCCUUUGAUAGGCUGAAAUAUAUAACGGUGAAUCGGAUUAGGUACCUAACAUACAUAGAAUGAUGAAGAAAAGAUUGCUC